CAAUAACUGAAUGUACUCGCUUUCAGAGACAAGUAAGUUCCAAGAACCUGCACCCCGCGAGCGAUAACGUUCGUUCAGUCAGCUAGCCUAUAACCUUACAUUUACAUUUACAGUCUCAAGGUCAAAGAAACAUUGGGAAAAACAAUCUCAUCAUCUCUGGCCAUAUCAUAUUAGCAUAUUUUUUACUCUGAAGUUAUUAAUAAUGGGCAACAUUUCAGAAAGGUUUUCAAAUAGAAAUCUACAUGAUGAUCAGUACAUGUUUUUGUCUGCUAUAGCGUCGUCCUUAAGCCUUGGCUGGUUAGGGACCCAUGAAAAGGCUAGGGAGGUGAAGGUGUGCCAGCUUGCACUCUUUCCAAUGCUUCUGAACACCGCAGCUCUACAAGGAGACAUUGUUACAUUACGAACACAUAUAGAACAGGGUGCAGAUGUGACUAUUCCGGAUAACCGUGGGAGGACUCCCCUUCAUCUUGCAGCUGCCGAGAGUGAUUGCCAGACGGUCAGAUAUCUUAUCAGUAAAGGAUCAGAAAUCAAUGCCAGAGAUAAUGCGGGAGAAACUGCUAUUUUUGAUGCAGUUCGUUGCAAGAAUUUGGAAGUUGUGAAGUUUUUGUAUCAGGAAGGAGCUGUGUUAGAGAGGUCCGAGUCGGACCUGGGGGCCGAUAUGUGUUGUCUCGCAUACCUGGGAGAUACUGAGCAGAUGGAAGCAUGGAAAUCAGCUGGAGUCAGCUUCAAUUUAGCAGAUAUUGAUGGCAGAACCCCCUUACACGUGGUACAUUUAAAUACCUUUUUGAUUGCUGAUGUGUCAGUGGGGGAUUCAUUCUCUCCUCUACUCUGCAGUUGUGUCUCACUUUCUCUUCCGUAGGCCGUGUGCACAAACCAGGAGGAGGUGGUGAUGUAUUGUAUAAAGAACGGGUCAAAUCUUGAGGUACAGAGACAGUUGAGUAACAUCUUAAUGAAAUAAGAGUUGAUGUGUUAAUUCAGAUGUAUGCAUUAAAUUAUUUCUUGGAACAGCUUCGAGACCGAUUCAACAACCGGCCUGUGGAUGAUGCAGAGCGUUUGGGAUUGAAGCACCUUGUUCAGCUUCUCAAAUAAUACAAGCUUCAGAAGAAUGGAGGCUCUCAGGAAGAUACUCAGAGUGAAACCAACUGGAUUUCUAAAUCUGAAAAAGAAAAUUCUUGAUUUUUUACUUUGACUUUUGUAACUAAAUGUGUUGUUUGUGUUUUGAAUCGAGUGAAAUAAAAAAAAAGACAUGACCUAUCACAUGUGUGUUCUAUCAAUGUUAAGUGAAAAAGGACUUCAUAACUAUUUUAGCUGCUUUUUUUGCUCAGAUACCGAAAUCAAUGAAACAAGUAAAAAGAACCAUGUGAAAUCCAGUACAAAUGAAUAAGACUUGAAAUGGAUAAUGUAAUGAAG